CUCCAAGUUUGAACAGUUUUAAAUUCCUUUACACUUUUUUAAAAAAAAAAAUACUGAACCGGUGAAAAAUGAAUGUUUGCCAAACUGGACAAGGCACAAAAGACUUGAGCAGCAAAUCUGCUGUGGAUACAACUAUCCUUAGGAUACCAAAGGAGAGGGAUAGUCUACAUAAGUUUGCCAUCAGGGAGAUGCUGGGAAUAUCAGAUGACGAAGCUGAACGACCAAAAUCUCAAAGCAGAAGCGAAUCAGAAGUCACCAAAUUAGAUGAAAAUUGCAACAACUUGGCAGGAAAAGAAAGAAAAUCCCCAGUAGCCACAAGUUCCCGAAACUCUUCUCCGCAUAAUGUCAGUAUGUCCAGUCCCAGUCUACCGGGCGAGCAACAUGAGAGAUUAGUAAACUGUCGGACCCAAAGUAGCCCGCUGGGAUUUCCGCCGCCACCACCAUACGAUUUUCCAUGGCCAGGUCCAUUAUUCCGUGGAAUGGCUCCUCAUUUUUCACCUUAUCUACCGUUUGGCAUGCCGAUCCCUGGAUUUACUCCGGGAUUCCCGCCACUACAUCCCGUAACAUCAGAGCAUCAAUUUCCCUUAAAAGCAUUGAGUGAUCCGUUUUUAGCAUUCAACGCCAUGCGCCAUGCUUUCCCGCAAUCACGGUCAUUGGCUAGUGCGCAUUUACCAUACCCUAAACCUGUUUCAAAAUCAUUGAAAACUGACAGCGUCGAGGAAAAUGAUUCUAAAGUAUUGACUUCAGCAUUUGAUCCAGUGGUUUCUAAGUACAGUCCUUUGCGAGAAAGCUCCAUGUUCGAACUUGAUUUGUCUGUUUCUGGAAAGAGAAAAGAGAGAGAUGGAGAGACAAUGCGAUAUCAUUGCGAUGGAUGUACCAAAGUGUACGCAACAUUUAGCGGACUCACAAAACACAAACAGUUUCAUUGUGCCAGUCAGGUCAAAAAAGAAUUCAGUUGCAAAUACUGUGAUAAGACCUAUGUGUCUCUUGGAGCCCUGAAAAUGCAUAUAAGAACACAUACUUUGCCUUGCAAAUGCAAACUCUGUGGAAAAGCAUUUUCGCGCCCUUGGUUACUUCAAGGUCAUAUCCGAACACACACAGGGGAAAAACCUUUCAGGUGUGACCAUUGUGCACGUGCGUUUGCAGACCGCUCCAAUCUUCGCGCGCAUCUCCAAACUCAUUCUGACAUCAAAAAGUACAGUUGCAAAUCCUGCUGCAAAACAUUUUCGCGCAUGUCUCUUCUGUUAAAGCAUGAAGAUGGCUGCUGUAGUAAACCUUUAUUAGUGUAAAAUUAGUGUAAACCAGGUGUUCUUUCGGUGUCUAGUCAUAAUAAGCGGGUUUUUUGUGCAUUUUUGAGUGCUAAUUGGUUUUGAACUUACAAUUAUAUAUUCCACUUGAUUUGAUGUAAGA